AUGAUCAAGCCCGACGGCGUCCAGCGCGGCCUCGUCGGCGAGAUCAUCUCUCGCUUCGAGCGUCGUGGCCUCAAGCUCGUCGCCAUCAAGGUCGAGUCGCCCUCGAAGGAGCACCUCGAGAAGCACUACUCGGACCUCGCCUCGAAGCCCUUCUUCCCCUCGCUCAUCAAGUACAUGACCUCGGGCCCCGUCGUCGCCAUGGUCUGGGAGGGCCGCGGUGCCGCUUCGCUCGGCCGCCAGCUCCUUGGCCAGACCAACCCCACCGCCUCGGCCCCCGGCACCAUCCGUGGUGACUUCUGCAUCGACAUGGGCUCCAACCUCAUCCACGGCUCGGACAGCCAGGAGUCGGCCCAGAAGGAGAUCGACCUCUGGUUCCCCAACGGUGUCACCGAGUACCAGCUCGACUCCGCCAAGUGGGUCUACGAGCAGUAA